CCAGAGAGACGAUACUCCCACGAAUCCGGAUAUCUCACGACCCCCCUCGCGCCAGAAGUACCAUGGCAUGUGGGCAAGCUUAGCGAGGCCCUGCUUCGUGCCCCGUUCCACGUCCGCCUGACGGCGUCCUGUCCUGCUCAACCGUAAUGGAAGACUAACGGUUCGUACAUUUCUCGGUGCCGCUGCGUCGGCAGUGUGAUCCCGCACUGUCGCCGAGCAACGUGAUGUCCCUACCCGCUCCAUUUUCACGUUGCAUCUGGACGCCGCAACGUGAACACCCCCCAAAGGUCCGAUCAUGUCAGCCGGUGCGGGGCGCGAAUAAGGAUAUUCCGUUACGUUGACACUGGACUCAUGAUUUGCUUCUGACCGGUGCUUUUGCUCCGUUUCCGUUUCUCUCCUGUUUGCCCGUUAAACCCAUACGACCGACCUGUGGGGCAGCGCCUGCCCUUCCAUGACGAACAGCUCAAACCCCUGGGCACCCUACGAAGAUGCCGCGACGAUCCUCGCGGAAGAGACGUGGCUGCAGGGGGCGCUCCUGAGCAACAUCGUGUACGGAGUCGAGCUCACGCUCUUCGCGAUAUGCUUCGCGCUCCUCGUCAAGCAGGUCAAUCGCCUCGAUUACGAGCGGCCCGUCGCCUUCCUUACGUUCAUUACGGUUAUCUUCAUCCUCGGCACGUUCUUCAUGGGCGCAAACGACAAGUUCACGCAGCUCGCGUUUGUGGAGAACCGGAACUAUCCUGGAGGCCCGUCUAAGUAUGAGAACGACAUGUUUUGGAUACCGGUCGAUGAGCUGGGUAACGUGUCGUUUGUCAUAGGGAAUUGGCUUAUGGAUGGAUUGUUGGUCUGGCGGUGUAUGGUCAUACACUCAAGUCUUCAUCGGCCUGUACUAUAUUCAAUAAUGUUUCUGCCCUGCCUCAUGCUUCUUGCCUCUGUCGCACUGGGAACGGUCUUCCUCGUGCAGACCUCCCGCUCUUCUCCAUUUGGGGCGGUCAACUUCACCCUCGCAUAUUUCUGCAUGACGCUCGCUCUGAACGUUGUCGUCACCAUCUUCAUCGUGAUCCGGAUCCUCGCCUUCCGCCAGCGCAUCAAGAAGGUCCUCGGCGCGGAUCACGUAUCGGAAUACGUCAACGUGGCUGCGAUUCUGGUCGAAUCGGCGUCGCUGUUCUCGGCUUUCAUGAUUCUGUUCAUCGUCCCGACUGCGCUCAACUCGCCGGUCGCGCAGGCCUUCAUUGGGGCAGUGGGUCAGAUUCAGACUGUAUCAUCUUUCUUGAUCGUCUUCCGCGUAGCUACAGGAAAGGGCUGGACAGAAGAUACGAGCACGAAAGUCAUGACAAAUGCCAGCUCGGGAGGUAUUCGUCUUCAGAAGAUAUCUAGCCUACGGUUUGCCUCGGAGGGGUCAACGAUGGAGGUUCGCAACGCGUCCAAGGUCGCCGUCAAUGUUACACAAGAACUCGUUCAUGACGGCGACAUGUCGGUCUGAUGUUCCUCUAAUUUGGUUUGUCAGUGUUGCAAUAUGGUCUAAUGCAUAUCUUUGCGAUAUCCCGCACUGCCCGCUUUGUCGUACACCCAAUACGACCGUUCGUUUUUCAAUUGGUAGUUAAUUCAAGUCUAUCAGGAUGAUCUGCGGUUAUUACUCUAUAAUGCAUAGCGUCCAUUUCCGGCCCGGGCCCGCUUAUGCUCUUCAUUAUGAGAUCGGACUCUGGCAGAGAACGGCGUGUCUGUCCCCACCCAAUGCUGCACUUUUUGAGGUAUUCAACUGUAGAAUCCUUGUGCAUGAGGUUUGUGGGACGUGAUACAUAAAUUG